AUGGACAAUGCAAGAAUGAGCUCCUUCCUGGAAUACCCCAUCCUCAGCGGUGGCGACUCGGGGACCUGCUCAGCGCGAGCCUACCCUUCCGACCACGGAAUUACAACUUUCCAGUCGUGCGCGGUCAGUGCUAACAGCUGUGGCGGCGACGACCGCUUCCUAGUGGGCAGGGGGGUGCAGAUCAGCCCGCCCCACCACCACCACCACCAUCACCACCCCCAACCGGCCACCUACCAGACUCCCGGGAACCUGGGGGUGUCCUACUCCCAUUCGAGUUGUGGUCCAAGCUAUGGCGCGCAGAACUUCGGCGCGCCUUACAGCCCCUACGCGUUAAAUCAGGAAGCAGAAGUAAGUGGUGGGUACCCCUCGUGCGCUCCCGCUGUUUACUCUGGAAAUCUCUCAUCUCCCAUGGUCCAGCAUCACCACCACCACCACCAGGGUUAUGCCGGGGGCGCGGUGGGCUCGCCUCAGUACAUUCACCACUCAUAUGGACAAGAGCACCAGAGCCUGGCCCUGGCCACGUAUAAUAACUCCUUGUCCCCUCUCCACGCCAGCCACCAAGAAGCCUGUCGCUCCCCUACAUCAGAGACAUCUUCUCCAGCACAGACCUUUGACUGGAUGAAAGUCAAAAGAAACCCUCCCAAAACAGGAAAAGUUGGAGAGUAUGGCUACGUGGGUCAACCCAGUGCAGUGCGCACCAACUUCACCACGAAGCAGCUCACUGAGCUGGAAAAGGAGUUCCACUUCAAUAAGUACCUGACGCGCGCCCGCAGGGUGGAGAUCGCCGCGUCCCUGCAGCUCAAUGAGACCCAGGUGAAGAUCUGGUUCCAGAACCGCCGGAUGAAGCAGAAGAAACGAGAGAAGGAGGGUCUCUUGCCCAUCUCUCCUGCCACCCCGCCAGGAAGUGAGGAGAAGGCCGAUGAAUCUUCAGAGAAGUCCAGCUCCUCACCCUGCGUUCCUUCCCCGGGGUCCUCGACCUCAGACACCCUAACUACCUCUCACUGAGGCCGACCGAGCCCCAGACUCCGCAGCCCAAGCUAUUCUGCAGGCUGGGGACCCCUUCCGCAAAGCACAUUCUUAGCUUAUCUUCCUUUCCAUGUACAGCCUCUCUCUUCCUUUCUGAUCCUAUCUGGGGAGCUCCUGGCCAGGACAGUGUGUUUCCAGAGAAUUCUGGAGUAGAGAGGCUUGACUGGGGCGUGUGUGUGUGCUAACUCCUUGAUGAAGAUUGGGUGCCAUAAUCAGUUUUCUGAUGGCCCCCAACACCCUUUGGAGAUUUCCACAGUCUCUUCCUUUCAGAUGUCCUUUGGAAUAUCGUCUCCUUUGCCAGCAGAAACAUGUUAGAGGGAGGCCCAUCUUUCACCUAUCUGUACAGUUACAUCCUCCCCUACUUUGCCCUUAAAGGAGGAUAGAGAGAAAGGGGAGUGAGUCCAGGAGCUCAUGAAGAAGAGAUGCACUAUGAGCUUGUUUACACGAUCAAUUCAUCCCUUAAUUUAAUUCAGUUUCAUGUGUGUGAGUUUGCUGGUUGUAAAUACUUUGUCCUGAGAGAUUUAUCUUUAUACAGCUUUUCUAGAAAUGUUUAGAUUAAGGGACUAAAGCAGGGUGGCAACUCUCAAAGCUGGUACAGUUUUAUAGGUUAUGGGUUAAAGAAUAAAAUCGCUCACUUAAGCUGCAUCAGAUGCCUCAGAGGGUAGCCUGCAUUUGUUCUUUCAGUGAGUUCAGAAGGCCUGCGGAAUCCAGGGUUCAAAAACCUGUGCUAGGUCUCCCCUAUCCCCACCCAUUUAUUGUUUCUCUGGCCACAGUCUAUUUAAAAUUUGUGCUGGGUUAUUCAGAACCUGAAGGUAUUAUUCGAACCAGCUUCUCCCUCCCACAGUUAUCGUAGCUGGAUAUGAUGUAUUUUCAGCUCAGUUGUUAAUGUGAUGGAUGGCACAAUGAAUGUAUAUUUUGUGUGAUUCGUGAAUAGUCUUUUGCAUGUCGCACAAUGUUUUGAUGUCCCUGAAGUACCACACUGAGUUAUAUCAGUUAUUCUUUGUGAGCCUAUGAUAUUCCCCAUUUCCUGUACAAUCAUGAACAGCUCUG